AUAAACCUAUUUACCUCCUUCGCCCUUCUCACACUACUAAUUCUAACCACCCCAAUCGUAAUAUCCACCACAAGCAUCCACAAAAACAACAAAUACCAGUCUUAUGUAAAAAACAUCGUCUUCUGUGCCUUCAUCACCAGCCUAAUCCCUGCAAUAGUAUACCUUCAUACCAACCAAGAAGCACUCAUCUCAAACUGACACUGAAUUACUAUCCAAACCCUCAAACUAACACUCAGCUUCAAAAUAGAUUACUUUUCACUCAUAUUUAUACCAGUAUCAUUAUUCAUCACAUGAUCCAUUAUAGAAUUCUCAAUAUGAUAUAUGCACUCCGACCCCUACAUUAAUCAAUUCUUUAAAUACCUACUCCUUUUCCUCAUCACUAUAUUAAUCCUUGUUACAGCUAACAACCUCUUCCAGCUCUUCAUCGGUUGAGAAGGAGUAGGAAUCAUAUCCUUCCUACUCAUCGGCUGAUGAUUCGGACGAACAGACGCAAACACAGCCGCCCUCCAAGCAAUCCUAUACAACCGCAUUGGAGACAUCGGACUUCUCGCAUCAAUAGCAUGAUUCCUCUCUAACAUAAACACAUGAGACCUACAACAAAUUUUUAUACUUAACCAAAACUCCCCGAACUUUCCACUCAUGGGACUUGUACUAGCCGCAGCUGGAAAAUCAGCCCAAUUCGGACUCCACCCCUGACUUCCAUCAGCAAUAGAAGGCCCCACCCCAGUUUCAGCCCUACUCCACUCAAGCACAAUAGUUGUAGCAGGAAUUUUCCUACUUGUCCGUUUCUACCCUCUAAUAGAAAAUAAUAAAUUUAUCCAAACAACAACCCUCUGCUUAGGCGCUAUCACAACCUUAUUCACAGCCAUCUGCGCCCUCACCCAAAAUGACAUCAAAAAAAUCAUUGCUUUCUCCACCUCCAGCCAACUAGGCCUGAUAAUAGUAACAAUCGGCCUCAACCAACCGUACCUAGCAUUUCUACACAUUUGCACACACGCUUUCUUCAAGGCUAUAUUAUUCUUAUGUUCUGGCUCCAUCAUCCAUAACCUGAACAAUGAACAAGACAUUCGAAAGAUGGGAGGACUAUUCAAGGCCCUCCCAUUCACCACAACUGCUCUCAUCAUCGGAUGCCUUGCACUAACAGGAAUACCAUUCCUCACUGGAUUCUACUCCAAAGACCCCAUCAUUGAAACUGCCACUUCGUCGUAUACCAACGCCUGAGCCCUACUACUAACCUUAACCGCCACCUCCCUCACAGCUAUCUAUAGCACUCGCAUUAUCUUCUUCACGCUAUUAGGACAACCCCGCUUCCCUCCCUCCACAACCAUCAAUGAAAAUAAUCCCCUAUUAAUCAACCCCAUCAAACGCCUACUAAUCGGAAGCAUUUUCGCCGGCUUCAUCCUAUCCAACAGCAUUCCUCCAAUAAACACCCCCUUGAUAACCAUGCCCCUACACCUAAAACUGACUGCCCUUGCAAUAACAACCCUAGGCUUCAUCCUCGCAUUCGAAAUUAACACCCACACACAAAACCUAAAACACACAUACCCAUCAAACUUCUCCAAAUUCUCCACCUUACUAGGAUACUUUCCCACAAUCAUACAUCGUCUGCCCCCUCACCUUGACUUGCUAAUAAGCCAAAAACUAGCAACUUCCCUACUAGACCUAACCUGAUUAGAGACCAUUCUACCAAAAACCACAGCCCUUAUCCAACUAAAAGCUUCCACACUAACCUCAAACCAACAAGGCCUUAUCAAGCUUUAUUUCCUAUCUUUCCUCAUCACCAUCAUCCUCAGCAUAAUCUUAUUUAAUUACCCCGAGUAA